AAAUGAGACUUAUUUAUUGAAACGCAGAGCUAUAAGCGAUAAGCAGAGAGCUCGCAGCACUUAACUAUACUCAAUACUUAAUACUCAACAAGUAGUCCCUGUUGGAUUCCGUGGUAGCAUGUUGUAUUUGAAGAAGAGCCUCAGAGCUCAAAUAAAUAUUGGUAGGCUAAAUUAAGCCUUACCUAUUGAAACGCAGUGCUAUAAGCGAAAGCAGAGAGCACGCCGCACUUUACUUUACUCAAUACUCAAUACUCAACAAGUAAAAAUAUUUGUGCGCGAACGGUGAAAUAAAACUUACAUUUUAACAAAUUUACAUAAAUUUUUUACUUGUAUUAUGUAGUUAAUUGAAUAUUUUGUUUAAUGAAGUAUUCAAUUUCACCAAUUAUCUAAGAACCUGUAUUAAGUCUGUAUUCAAAUAUUGAUACCAAUUACUGUGAUGGAUGUUAAUGGACUACUGGUUGCAGCAAGUGAAAUUUUAAAGUUUGAACAAGGGAACGCUAUAUUAUUUACUUUCUGGAAUGAGAUUAUGAAAUUUUCAUUCUAUGUUUUAUUUGACGUGAAUUCUGUCCAUGUGUGUGAUGUUCAAGUUAACAAAUUUUAUAAAUUCACGGAUUUAAAAGUUGGUUGCUUAGAAAUGGUUUCUGGUAAAAAAUUGAUUUUAUUCAAGACAAUGCCUAGUUCCUGUUAUUUUGAAAUUGAUAAAGAAAGAAAUAAUGAAUUUUCCAUAACAGCCAAAUUAAAAGAACUUGUAUCAAGUUCUAAGAUUAAGGAAUGUAUAGAAACUCAGUGUAAAGCUGGAUCACCAUUAAUAUGCUAUGAGGGUGUUGUUACUAAUAUCAAAGCUUCUUAUGGAGUAUUUGAGCUUGAUAGCGAAACUCUUUUAUAUACAUCAUUCAAUAGUUUGAGAACUAAAAUGCCUGCUAUAAGAAUGGGAUCAAAAUUAUUUAUUUCAAAUGCUCAUCUUAUUCAUAAUCAAAGCAAGCCUCUACUUGUCUGCUGUGGUCUAUCAUCUGUAAAAAUUAUUUCAUCUAUUAAUUUUGAGGAAGAAAAAAAUAUAGUAGAUUAUUUUGUUUUAAAUAACAUGUUGUCGAUUUAUGAUGUGUUAUGGAUUGAAAGUCUCUAUGAAAAUUUAAGAAGAAAGUUUUUUUCAUUAAUUCCUUUGGAAGAAAUAUCAUUAGACUCAAAUAAGGAUUUAUUAGAAAAUCUGUUAAGUGUUCUCUUGGUUCCACAAAGUCAGACUCUUUCUUUUGAAAAGUAUAGUGUAGUUCAAGAAUAUUGUAGCUAUCCUCAUACUUGUUUGCCUUUUUCAGAAAAUCGAAAACCCAAAGCAGAUGUCAUUCUUAGUCUUAAAGAUAUUUUAAAAGAAGCUGGUAAAAAAAACUCCUGGUUUGAAAUCAGUGAGCAGUGGAAUAUUUCAUUCACAUCAGAUUCUUCUAAGCCAUUGAUAGGGAUGCUCUACCUAUCAGAAAAUCACUGUUUGUUUAUUGAAGACAGCAGUUUUUCUAUGCCUGUGGUGCUUAUUAAAGACUGUACUGAUUGCUCUUUUGGUGAUAAUAUCCUUCCAAAGUUCAAUGUACCUGAUUUUUCCCUGUUGGUCCUUAUACAAGACUAUAAAAUAGUGUUUGAAAGUAUUAAAUUCACAAGUAAAACUUCUGACUAUUCAAUCUUUAUAAGAACUUCACCAUGCAGCAUAUACCCUUUAAAAGCUUUUAGCCGACCUCAUCAAAGAACUAAUUCACUUUCUGAUGCAGUAAUGAAAAAAUUGACAAUUCAGGAAAAAUUUGUUUAUGAAAAUUUAAAUUACGAGAGUGAUUUUUUGUCACCAAACACUAUAGAUGUCAAUCAAGAUGUAGGACAAAAAAUUUUAAUUUUAAGUAAAUUAUGGUUAACUAAUGUAGAACCUCCUGUGUGUUCAAGAAUUUUAGCUUUAACUUUGCCUCAAGAAAAUAAUUAUAAUAAUCUUAGUUUUCAAAACAAUUCCUUUAAUUUUUAUGAAACUGAAGAUGAUAUUGAAUUUGCUAAUUUAAUCAAUGGAAUUGACAGCUUGUGUAUCAACAGUGUACCAAGAUUUAUAUCGUUACAUUUUGAAAAAGAAUAUGAAUGUAAUUUAUUUUUUCCUGGUCAUAUUUACUCAGUUGAUUUCAAUGAUGUUUCAUUUAUGGGGAAUAGCAAAUCUGCCAACAUCAAUGAAGAAAAAAGUAUAUUUCCAAUGAAAAUGAAAUCUGGUAGUAAAAUAGUGCAUUAUUCAUGUAUUAAGGAGGAUGAUUUGAAUUUGGCUGAUGUCAAAUAUUAUGGAAUAAAAGAAAUUCUCUUGCAAAACCAGGUACCACCAAAUGCUUUCGUUCGAGGUGUAUUAGUUGAUAAAUUUUUGAAAGAAAAUAGAGGAAGCAUUAACUGUGAAAAAUCUCUCCAAAGAAAAAAAACUGUUCUUUGCUUGUGCUUGAGGGACUUAAAAGAAAUUGACACACUUUUUGUUUACAUCCCACUACAGCUUCGAGAUAUUUCUGGUCUAAUGCCUGGUACUAUUCUAGAAUUAUAUGGGUUUCAGUGUAUUCGUUCUCAAAAAGGUUAUUUAUAUCUUCGAGCAUCACCUAUCUUUGGAAUUGAAGCUAGUACUUAUGUGACGAGUAAUUUGCAAGUAAUAAGCAAAUAUGGAAAUGAGUUCUAUCAAUCAGCAGUAACGGAUGAACUCAGGAGAUUUUACAUAAAUGCCUGUUUAUUUCAAAAGUGUUUAAAUCAGAUAUGCUUCAUUUCGAAACUUGUGUCAGCUGAAUUGUCUUUGUUUUGCAAGAAGUGUUUUAAAGAUGCUCAAGAAAUGUGUGGAUGUUCAUUUUCUUACAGUGUUCAAGCAAAAGCCAGUGCAAUCAUUGAUGAUGGUAGAAUCCAACUUUUAUGUUACUUUCGUGAAGAUGCAGUCAGAGAAAUACUAGGAUUCAAUAUGGAAGAUUGGCAGACUUUAAUUUCUAAUAUUGAACAAACACAUGUACCUCUGAAGUAUAAUGAGAAAAUGAACAUAAAAGAUAUUUCAAUUCUUCCUUUAAUGAAUCAGAUUUUCUGGGUUUACUGCUUGAAUGGAUCAAUUAAACGACAAAUGAUUGUAUCAUUUUACAUCUUUCCCUGUUCAGGGUCCAAUGGAGAUUCUUCAUUUUGUGCUCACUGUGUAGAUGUAUGCAAUGUAACUGUUAAAGAUUGUCUGAUGGAACUUUAUGUAAAUUUUAAAAAGUUUAAAGAUCAUGAUUUAUUUCAUGAUUUAUGGAUCAGAAUUCAUAUAAAAUGUUCUAUGAAUUGGGAUUCAAAUGAAAGUGAUUAAUGAAUUAUAUAUCAAAUGUUGCUUUAAAGUGAUUUGCAAAUUACUCACCAGGAUUCAUAUUAAAGUAUUUUAUAAAUCACACAUCAUGAUUCACAUUCAAAUGAUUUAUCAAACACACAUCAUGAUUUCAAUUAAAGUUGUUUCUGAAUCAUGUAACGUGAUACAUAUUUAAGUAAUUUCAGAAUUGUGCAUCACAAUUCUCAUUCAAGUAGUUUACAUGGUAUUAGAAGGAUUUAAGAAUUACGCAUCGCGAUUCACAUAAAAGAGAUUUAAGAAUUAACGCUUGCAGCUCUUAUCAAAAUGAUUUCUGAAUCACACAUAGUUGUUCUAAAUUAAGCAACUUUUGAGGCACAAAUUACAAUUUCCCUCGUAAUGAUCACGAUUCACAGGAAAAUUAUUAGCUAAUUAUGCAACAGAAUUCACAUUAAAGUGAUUUAUCUCACAUCAUGAUUUACAUCUUGUAAGUUCCUGCGUUUUGUAGCAAUUGCUAUUCAUAUUAUUCAGAUUUAAGAAACAUACACCACAAUUCAAUUUACAAAUUGUGAUACAUGAUUUACGGAAUCAUCGGGACUUACUUCACCCUUCUUAUAAUUUUGAUUUACGUAUAGUAUAUCUAGAUUUGUAUAAAUGUGAUUUUUAAAAAUUACGCAUGCUCAUAAAAUUUUAAAAAUCAUGUUUCGCAUUUUGUGGAUUUAUUUGAAAGAAAAUAAAGCUUCGUAAAUCUUAGUUAGUUAUCUGUAAAAUAUUGUUCUACAAUAGAUUUUAUUGUGUUCAAAAUACAUUACUGAUAUUUUAUCUAAUUAUAUUCAUUUCCUGUAAUUUAAAAUUUGGAUUUGACAUAUUAAAAAAAGUAUUAAUAUUUUAAUAAACGUGCAGUUACAUAAACUUAAUCAAUUAUUUACUAUGCUUGUUUAAUGUAAUAUUAUUUUUCAUUAAUUCUAAUUUACUUCAUAAAAUUUUAUAUGAAAAGUUUCACUGAUGCUAGUUUUUAAAUGUUCGCUAGUGUCAAUUGGAGUUUUGUUAGUCAAUUUAUGUCAAUUGGAAUUUUUCAAAGUGAGUUGAAGCAGCAAUAUAACUAUCAACGAUUUGCAUUAGUAGCUGAUAAAUUAAAUUAUUAUAAAUAUUAUUAUUUUGUCAAGGAAGCAUUGUGCUUUGAAAAUAUACAAUUUCUGCUUCAACAUAAUUAUAAAAUCUGGUUGACGUGUUCUUUAGUAUAUUAACUGUAAUACUGAAUGGGUCCUUGAGUAAUUUGAUUUUAUUUCAUUGAAAAGUUCUUGAAUUUUUUUUUCGAAAAUUGAGUGGGAACCCUGUUAUUUGAAUUUUAUUUAUAUCCAAAAAUUUGUGUAGUUUUUUCCAUUUAGAGAUAAAGAUUGUUGUUUAUUGUUGUUAUUUGUUGAUUGUAGAUAAGGAACAUUGCUUGAAACUAUUCUAAUAAGUAUAGAAAUGUUUUGCUUAAAGAGAGAUUACUUGAAGUUUUUCUUAAAAAAUUAUUUUCUUAAUUAUUAAAUUAUGAUAUUUUAUUACUGUUUCAAACCUACUUCUAAAGCCUUUUGACAAUACAAAUUGAACUUAAUAAAAAAAAAGUAUGUUUUUAUCACUACUAAUUUUGUUACAUUUUAAAGUUAUGUUUUUGAUGGUUAUUAAUAUGCUGAAAAUUGACGACAGAAAUUAUGUACUAGCAUAUUUUUUUAAAAUUUUUUAUUGUUUGAAGUUUAAUAAAAUUAUUUAAGUUUUGCA